CGGCAGGAAUGGCGGCGUCAGCUCUGGCGGGGCUCAGAGCAGCCUUUGUACUCUUCGCAGCCCAGGUGGCCUGUGAGUAUGGCAUGGUGCACGUGGUGUCUGAGACAGGCGUCUCUAGAGGCAAAGACUACUGCAUCCUGUACAACCCGCAGUGGGCCCACCUCCUGCACGACCUGUGCAAGGUGUCUCUCCUGCAGCUUGGUGACUGGUCGUUCCUGCUCUGCUCUCCCAGUGACCUCCCUGCUGGUGGCUUCAGCAACCAGAUCCCUCUGGUGGCCUGUGGGAACUGCACCUUCUAUGAGAAAGUGCGCCUUGCACAGGGCAGCGGGGCCUGUGGGCUGCUCAUAGUCAGCAAGGAGAAGCUGGUUCUUCCGGGAGGCAACAAGACGCAGUAUGAGGAAAUUGGUAUUCCUGUGGGCCUGCUUGGUUACAGAGACAUGCUGGACAUCUUCCGGAGCUUCGGUCACAAGGUGCGGGUGGCGCUGUACCCCCCCAGCAAGCCCGUGCUGGACUACAACAUGGUCAUCAUCUUCAUCCUGGCAGUGGGCACGGUAGCCCUCGGGGGCUACUGGGCUGGGAGCCAGGACGUGAAGAAGUACAUGAAGCACAAAAGGGACGAUGGGCCAGAGAAGCAGGAGGAUGAAGCGGUGGACGUGACGCCCGUCUUGAUCUGUGUGUUCGUGGUCAUGUGCUGCUCCAUGUUGGUGCUGCUCUACUACUUCUACGACCACCUUGUCUAUGUGAUCAAUGACAUCUUCUGCCUGGCCUCCUCCACCGGCCUCUGCAGCUGCCUGGUGCCCUGUGUGCGCCUCUUGCCCUGCUGUGGGUGCACGAUCCCAGACAAAAGCCUACCCUACUUCCACAAGCGCCCCCAGGUGCACAUGCUGCUCCUGGCACUCUUCUGUGUGGCGGUCAGCGUGAUAUGGGGCAUCUUCCGCAAUGAGGACCAGUGGGCCUGGGUCCUGCAGGAUGCUCUGGGCAUUGCCUUCUGCCUGUACAUGCUGAAGACCAUCCGCCUCCCGACCUUCAAGGCCUGCACGCUGCUGCUGCUGCUGCUCUUCAUCUGUGAUGUCUUCUUUGUCUUCAUCACGCCCUUCCUGAGCAAGAGUGGGAACAGCAUCAUGGUAGAGGUGGCCACUGGACCCUCAGACUCAGCCACCCACGAGAAGCUGCCCAUGGUCCUGAAGGUGCCCAGGCUGAACUCCUCGCCCCUGGCCCUAUGUGACCGGCCCUUUUCCCUCCUGGGUUUUGGCGACUUCUUGGUGCCAGGGCUGCUGGUGGCCUAUUGCCACAGAUUCGACAUGCAGGUGCAGUCCUCCAGGGUCUACUUUGUGGCCAGCACCAUUGAAAGACCUACCUCAGUCACCAUGAGCCCCAGCUGA